GCCGGUGCCCCUCACUCCCGACCCGCAACCCCCCACUAGCCAAGCCCUGCCGGUGCCCCUCACUCCCACCCAUCCCGCCCGGGUUGGCCCCUGGUGGGGGGGCAGGGCGGUAUUUGCCAACCAGGGGGGGCGGGUCCCAGCCAGUCCCAGUCCGUGCCCGGCCGACAUGCCCCAGAGCCAGCUGCAGUGAGGGGGGGAGCCGGGCUGCAGGACACCUCGCGCUGGGGCAGCCCCAUACCCGAGAGCAGGGGGGGCCAGAGGGGACCCUCCCAUCCCAAGACCUCCAGGCCCCCGGCAGGAUGGGGGCAAGGUUUCUGCGGUGCUUCUCCUGGGCCGGGCGCAGGAAACGCCGCAGGAAAGGGGGCUCCAGCCCCCCAGCUGCCCGCGCCCACCCCAUGGAGGGGCCCCCGGUUCCCCAGCCCUCCACCAGCAGCGAGCCGGACGGGGCCUUCUUCAGCGGGAAGGCACGAGUCUCCUUCCGCCACCAGCUGGACUCCACCACCACGGCCAUCGACUCCACCGGCUGACGGGGGGCCGCCCCACGGCGCCCGCCCGUCCCUCACGGCCUUGCUCCCACCGGCUGAGGGGGGGCCGCCCCACAGCGCCUGCCAGCUUCCCACGGCCAUCGACUCCACCGGCUGAGGGGGGGCCGCCCCACAGCGCCCGCCCGCCCCUCACGGCCUUGCCCCCACUGGCUGACGGGGGGCCGCCCCACGGCGCCUGCCAGCUUCCCACGGCAUCGACUCCACUAGCUGACGGGGGGCUGGGACCCCCAGCACCAGCCGGCCUGGACCCCACCCAAGUUGGCGCGUAGGAUUCCUCCCCCCCACUGAGAACACUCGCCUGGGGGCGCUAU